CACCAACGUCAAGUAAUAAACAACAUUGUCUCAGCGACACGUCAAGCAUCGCUUCUCAUCAAAACUCAGGGUUCCAAUCUCAUUUUCCUGUGCCUCUACACUUUAAUUUUUAUGUGUUAUUGAAUUUGUGUUGAAAUGGAAAACCGUCCAAUCAAUUUCAUCAAAGCUUUCUUUCAUAAACUUCUUAGGUUCCUUAGAAAUGGUUACAUUUUAUAUUUCUUGUUAUUAUCAUAUCGUAUUUGUUCUGCUCAGAUUGUAAUAAGUAAGGAAACAUUUUUUUUUGUUUUCUUCUGUCCAAUUCCUUGUUUCAAAAUCUUAUCUAUUUGCGAUUUACAUAUCAUUAAAAUUAUUAUAAAAUUUGCAACUAUUGAACUUAAUUGAAGUAUAAAAUUCAAGUGAUGAGCGAUGAUCCCUAAUACUGGUACAAAAAAACAAAAUAAACACUGAUCAUAAUUCUGUAAUA